AUGGAAGAAAACGCGCCGGGGCCGAGCACGCCGCCACCUGCUGAUUCGCCCGCAGUGGUAAACGUCCAAAAACCGUUGAAUAAUUCUUCGAUGACGCAGGGAUUCUUGGCCGUGAUUUCGUUGUUGCCAUGCGUGAUUUCAGGGGCCGUUUUGGGAUUUACUGGUGUGUCCAUGUGGAAUUUGCCACUGACGUUUCGAAAUGCCACUUGGUUCGCUAGUCUGGCCGCUCUGGGCGCGGCAGGGGGAUGCCUGAUCUCUCACAGCUUGAUGAACGCGUUCGGACCCCGGGGCUCGGUGCUGCUGAGUCACGUGAUUUGCGCCAUCGGUUGGAUGCUGAAGUUCAGCAGCUGGACCACCACAAACCUGCUCGUUGGACGCGCGCUCACCGGCGUGUUCGUGGGCGUCGUGACUGUGGCGGCCACCGCGCACAGCUCCGAGUGUUUCCCGGCGCGGCCCACCGCCCGGCCGGUCGUCUACACCGCCAUCGGAGUGCUCUGCGUGUACCUGGCCGGGUCACUGCUCAGCUACGCUCAGACAGCCGCCGUGGCCAUGGUGGUCACCAUCGUGUCGUUCGUUCUCGUCCGGUCGUUCGUGCCGGAGAGCCCGGCAUGGCUGGAGGCCCGCGGCCGCACCGGUGACGCCGAGUACUCCAGGCUCAAGUUGAGGCUCCAGCGGCAACCGGACGCCGAAUCGCUGGAAGACGGCGUGGAACCCUCGACCCGCAGUGCCGGAGACAGAUCUACAUCGACCGAGGCCAUCUAUCGGAGUGUCCACCGGCCCGAGAUCUACAGGCCGUUGCUGGCGCUGACCUUGCACCUGGCCCUACAGCAAAUGUCCGGUCCAUUGGUUUUCGUGUCGUACGCCUCGCAAAUGGUGGGCGACUCUGGCGUGCGCGUGCUCAACGGUCACUUCGUGGCGGCCGUACUGGCCGCGUUCCUGGUGGCCGGCGCCCUCGUGUCCACGGCCAUGGACCACCGGGAAUCGUCGGCCACACUCGCAGCCGCCGGCACGCUGACGGCCGGCGUGGUCAUCGCCGUCUACAACCUGCUCCGCCGGAUGUUCCUCAACCGGCUCGGCUCGCAGCUGUUGAGCUUCGUCCCGCUGCUGGGCAUGAUCGUUUUUGCCAUGUCCAGCAGCGUCGGUCUGGUGCCUCACUCGCCGGUUCCACGCUACGCGGCGGGCGAACACGUGGCCCUAGCGUUCGGGUAUACCGUCGCCUUCGCGGUCAUCAAGUGCUAUCCGUACGUGUACGCCGCCGUCGGCUGGUGGGUGUUCGCUGUUUUCGCGGUCGCGUCCGCCCUGAACAUCGUUUACGGCGUCUUGAUGUUUUCCGAACCGGAGUCCUCCAAGCAGAAGCGGAACACCGCGGCCAAACGAUCAUCGGUCGGCCCUGCGGUUUAA